AUGGCGAAGCCCGCGGCGGCGGCGGCGGCGGCGGCGGCGUCGGAGGAGCUGAGCCAGGUGCCGGACGAGGAGCUGCUGCGCUGGAGCAAGGAGGAGCUGGCGCGGCGGCUGCGGCGCGCCGAGGGCGAGAAGGUGGGCCUCAUGCUGGAGCACGGCGGCCUGAUGCGCGACGUGAACCGGCGGCUGCAGCAGCACCUGCUGGAGAUCCGCGGUCUCAAGGACGUGAACCAGCGGCUGCAGGACGACAACCAGGAGCUGCGCGAGCUCUGCUGCUUCCUCGACGACGACCGGCAGAAGGGGCGCAAGCUGGCGCGCGAGUGGCAGCGCUUCGGGCGCCACGCGGCCGGCGCCGUGUGGCACGAGGUGGCCCGCUCCCAGCAGAAGCUGCGCGAGCUCGAGGCGCGCCAGGAGGCCCUGAUGCGCGAGAACCUGGAGCUCAAGGAGCUGGUGCUGCUGCUGGACGAGGAGCGCGCGGCGCUGGCGGCGGCGGGGGCCGCGGGGGGCGGCGGCGGCGCGGGCUCCCGCAGCUCCAUCGACAGCCAGGCCAGCCUGAGCGGGCCGCUGGCCGGGGGCUCGGCGGGCGCCGGGGCCCGCGACGUGGGCGAUGGCAGCAGCACGUCGAGCGCGGGCAGCGGCGGCAGCCCCGACCACCACCACCACGUCCCGCCCCCGCUGCUGCCUCCUGGGCCGCACAAGGCCCCCGACUGCAAGGCGGGAGCCACGCACCGGUCCCUGGACGACCUGUCGGCGCCACCGCACCACCGCAGCAUCCCCAAUGGCCUGCACGAUCCCUCGUCCACCUACAUCAGGCAGCUGGAGACCAAGGUGAAGCUGCUGGAGGGUGACAAGCUCCUGGCGCAGCAGGCGGGCUCCGGCGAGUUCCGGACGCUGCGGAAAGGCUUCUCACCGUACCACUCGGAGUCCCAGCUCGCGUCCCUGCCACCCUCCUACCAGGAUUCGCUGCAGAACGGCCCGGCCUGCCCUGUUCCUGAGCUGCCCUCGCCACCCCCUGCUGGCUACGGCUCUGCAGGACAGAAGCCCGAGGCUGUCGUGCACGCCAUGAAGGUCCUGGAGGUGCACGAGAACCUGGACCGGCAGCUCCAGGACAGCUGUGAGGAGGACCUGAGUGAGAAGGAGAAGGCCAUCGUCCGUGAGAUGUGCAAUGUGGUCUGGAGAAAACUGGGAGACGCCGCCAGCUCCAAGCCCUCCAUCCGGCAGCACCUGUCUGGGAACCAGUUCAAGGGGCCCUUGUAGGGCUGUUCUUCCGCGGGUGUGGGCCGGCCCCGCCUGGGGUCCCCAGGGCGGCUCCAGGCCCCAGACGUGGGCAGGACCUCCGGCUGAGCCACUGUCUUCUCUCUCUGCGGUGAACUGUACAUAGGGCCCUGCCGCGGCCGGGCUCGCGGCGGCCGGGCUCGCGUCCCGCCUCCCACACCAGCACACCGGGAAGUGGGCGCUGCUGACCGUCCCCGGGGCAGGCCGGCCGGGACAGCCUCACGCCCCGGGCUCCACGACGAGACGCUGAAGGCUGCUUCUGAGGUGCCAGGCCCAAGGACUGUCCCUGUGCCCUCCACCCCCAGCCGCCACCUGCACUGGACAGAGGCCCCGGCACCUGGGUCCCGAUGCAGGGGCGCCACUUUCGCCCGCCUGCCGGCCUGGCCCCGGCCCACCGAGCGCUGGGUCCCCUGUGUCAUGGACAGAGACACUCGCCGGUGCACGGCUGGCUGGAGGCUGCUCUGGGCUCUCGGCCCCGUCCCCGACACUCAGUCUGGAGCCAGGGCCCCUCCCCCGCCCGGGCUGUGCCCAGCCGCCCUGAUGUCAGCUGCUGCUUGUUUUUAGGGUUCAUCACCUCCACCCCCAACACUCUCUGCAGCGUGCCCCCACCCUGUGCCAGGUGUGCCCCAUCGUUUUGGGCUUCUCCUGCCCAGUGCCCGAGGCACAUCCCUGUCUGUGGUUUCCACCACGGGCCAGCUACCUGGGAAGGUCCUGGGGAGAGUUUCUCGUUCCAGGUGGGUAGCACUGGGCCACAGCUGGGCCUCUGGUCAGCUGUGGCCUCCCCCUCCUGGGUCACUGUGGACAGGGCAGCAGAUGACAAAAGUUCUGUUCUCCCUGGGAAGGAAGGAGCCCAACCUGGUUCUGGCUUUAAUUUGCUGUGUGACGUCCAGCAAGUCACUCAGCCUCUCUGGGCCCCUGGUGGAAAAAUGGGGUCUCCAAGGUUCCUUUCAGCCCUGCUCCCAGUGCAAGGCCAUCCAGCUCCAGAUGGCCUGGGUCCUCUUUGACAGCACGACCUGAGGGGCCGACCUGCUACAGAGGUGCCGGGCAGGUGGGCUGGGUGGAGCAAGGCCCAAGCUGAGCUCCGCUGCCUCGCUGUCCCAUCACAGGCAGACAGUCGCCGCCCCCUCCCCACCCCCCCAGCCCAGUGUCCUCAGCUGCAGAUGGGCAGCAUAAGCCUCUCCUUACUGGGCUCUGGGGUCACACGAGAUUGUCAGUGUCAAUGACCACGCAAAGGCAGUGUGUGUGUGAGGAGGAGGAGGCCUAGAGGGGCUAAGCGGUGAUACGGCACAUUAGGAAUGAGAUCCCAGACCCUAGGACAGGGACAGACCGCUUUCCCGACAUCUGUGAACGCCCUUGUAGCUGGCCCCGGGCACCCCCUGCCCUUCUGUUCAGCUCCUCGCCCGUCAGACUGCUGCGCCCCAACGGUACUUAGCGCUCCGUGCCGCCAGCACGCCAGGAGCCUGAAGAGGUGGUCUUUGUAUCAACAGGUCUCAUUCAGGCCCAAGCAAGGGGAAGGGGACGGCUUCUCCCUCUUUCUCCCCAUCGGGGGACCUUAUUCUGAGCAGUUCCCGCUCCAUGUCUGCCAUCAGCACCCUUGGGUCACACACUCUCAGGGGAAAGGCUCAUGCCCUCACUGUGUCCAGGGAGUGCUGAGCGGGUGCUGGCCAUGGGCCUGGGCCUGCUGCUCCUGCUGUGGGCAUUACCAGAGGUUCCCUGGGCUCCUGGAAGGAGUGUGCUGUCUGUCACUAGAGGUGUGGACUGAAGCUGGAUGAACACCUGCUGGCUACGGUACUGGGCGAUUCCUGCCCGAGUGGGCAGCUGGACUGGAGGGCAGGGGGAGGAGGCCCCUCUGGGUCUUGGAGUCCAAAGAACCACAGAGCAGCCUGGGGGGCUGUGGGUCCAUUUUGGGUGGGGUUUGAGUCUGGGAGCCCACGUGAAUCCUGUUUGGAUCCGGUUGGCUUGGCCACCACUGAAAGCAAUAAGUAAGGGCUCCUGGCACCUGCAGAUCUCCUGCAAGUUGGCCAAGGGAGGUGCAGCCUUGAAGCGACCUUUUCCCUCUGGAGGGGAGUGACCCCACCCCUCAUGCUGCAGUGGCAUCCAGGGAUCUUCGAGAACCCUCCUGCCUGCAACGGAGGCAGCACAAGCUGUGCCCCUGAGCCAACACAGCAUUGGGAUGGUUUUCUAGGACAGAAUUCAGUGACAGUCACAUCUCAGACAUACUAGCUGAUUUAAAAAAGCCAGCAGUGACUCUGACCCCAGGUUCCUGGGUGCAGGUGGCAGUUGCAGAGCUGAGCCACAGGCUGGGGAGGGUCAGAUGGGACCUCCCACACGGGGAGGCUUGGGGGGCUGCAGCUCAGUGUGACUCCUGGCUCUGCCACCAGCAGGGUGACACUUCCCUUCUGGAGCCUUAGCUCUUAAAGCACCUGAUGGGGUGUCCUUUCAGAGAGGCCCCUUUCCAUUUCAAGCUCGGCUUGCGCUGGGCUUCAGGUCCCACUGUGACGAAACACACCCUUCCAGCCUCACCCAGGUGGCCCGGCCCAUCCUGGAGUCAUCAAUCUGCUGAGCACAUUUUUAUCCAGAAGUUAUUAGCUACACAUCAGUGUUUAAAGAGAAAAAAGUGACCUUUCAUUUUUUUUUCUUAGAACUUGAGAAGAAACAAAAUACAUACUACUGAUUUUUCUUUUUUCUUAAAGAAACUAAAUGCAUGACUGCAGAGGUAGAGGUGUAUAUUUUUCAUACUGUGGGGGGAAAGUAUUUGUGCUGCUUUUUGGAGAUGGGCUGGAACGUCUGGUUUCUGUCCCCAGGCCCGGCAGCUGUGCUCUAUUUUCUGUAGACGUGACUGCGGUGAGACCUGGGGCAGCCCUCCCACCCCAGCACCGUGCAGCGCCAGGGGCCUGGGACUCCCGGCCCGCUUCUACCUUCUGUCGAACCACUUUGAUUUGGGGAGAGAAAAAGAAAUUGAACUUUUUGAUAGUGUGGUAAAAACAUUGAUUUGAACUAUUUUAGUAAAAGGAGUAACAAAUAAGAUUGUGAUAGUGUAUACUUUGAGCUAGAUAAAUAAAGGCCUCUUUGCGAGCCUCC